AUGUUGAUGGUAGCGUUACUGGCCCUUCUGGGCUAUUUUGUCGUUCAGACGGUUUAUCGUCUCUAUUUCCACCCCUUAAGCAAGUUCCCUGGCCCAAAAAUUGCGGCCAUCGGUCGUUUUUAUGAGUUCUAUUUCGAUAUCAUCAAAGGGGGCAUGUACAUAUGGGAAAUACAACGCAUGCACGAGCAAUACGGCCCUAUUGUACGAGUCAACCACCGGGAACUCCAUAUCAAAGACCCUGACUACUAUGCUGAGGUAUACAGCUCUCGAAAGCAAGAAAAGGACUUCCAUACCGUCUGUGCUUAUGGCAUGCCAUUGUCCAUGAUCUCAACUAUUGAUCACGACCACCACCGUUUCCGCCGGAGUCUCCUAAACUCAUUCUUCUCCAAACGAGCCGUGUCCAGUCUUGAGCCCAUGGUCCUAGAGAAAGUCAACCGUGCUGCAGAACGCAUCGAAGAGGCCUUCCACGAGAAUGCUCUGGUCCCCUUUGAUAGGGUAUUUGCCGCUGUGACUGCAGAUGUUAUCUCCAAAUACUCAUAUGGCCGAAGUGUGGACUACUUGGAGAGUAAAGAGUAUAAGAACGACUUCAGGGACUUCGGAAACGUUGCCAGUGCCUUAUCACAUUUCUUCACUUUCUUCCCAGCAUUGAUCGCUUUGGUCAAGGUUAUACCUGAAGGAUGGCUGCAGGCGGUUAACCCGCAGGCCGUCGGGUUUUUUGGCAUGAGAGAUAUCGUCAGGGACCAAUCCUUAGCUAUGAUCGAGGAAACCAGUCGUCCAGGAUACAAAUCACCAGAGGGAGCUGAUAGAAACAUCUUCCAUGCCCUCUGUGACCCCGCGGUUCCCGCCCAGGAGAAGGUAAUUGACAGGUUAAUAGAGGAAGGGUUAGGUGUUCUUGCCGCAGGUACGGAGACAACGGCAAGAACACUGACCGUAGGCACAUACUAUCUAUACAAAGAUAAAUCCGUCCUGCAUAAACUACGCCAGGAGUUGAAGGAAGUGAUGCCAAAGCCAGACAGCCCCAUCACUUGGGCAGAGUUGGAAAAGUUGCCUUACCUCAACGGAGUUAUUAAUGAAUCGCUUCGUCUGUCUCACACUUUGAUUAUGAGGCUCCCCCGAGUUGCAAAGGAUCAGAGCCUGGCGUAUGGAGAAUACGUGAUUCCCCCCGGUACCCCUGUUAGCAUGAUAUCGUACUUUAUUCACCUUGAUCCAAAGAUAUUCCCUGACCCGGAAAAGUUCGAGCCUGAGCGCUGGAUUCGGGCCACGGAAAACGGCGAGCGGCUGUCUAGCCUCGCGUAUAUAGAGUUGUAUCUCAUGUUUGCAAUCAUGGUUCGCAGGUUCGAUAUGGAUCUCCAUAACACCACGUUUGACAAUAUUAGAGUCGAUAGGGAGUAUGGCCCAGGCCUGCCGAAGGAUAAAAAUUCCAUUGAGGGUCAGGCUAAAGUGACUAAGGUCCUAACCGAAUAA